AGUAGCAAGGUUUGUGACUCCAUCUGCUAGAGUUUAAAAUAAACACAGCAAUAAUCAGUUGUUUCUCUUGUCUCUGUGAGCUGCCAGAGUGGGAGAAAGCUUAACAGAGACCUACAUAACAGAGAUCUACAUAAUUGCAAUGAAGGACUGUGUGUUCUUCUUCAUGUUGUUUUAAUGUCAUAUCUUGUUAAAGGAAAAGAACGAGCCCAUUGGGACCACUGUCAUCUAGGACUGAGAGUUGAGAAUCGACCCGGCAAUGCUAAUGAAGGUGUGGCUAAUGUGACCGUGGCUACAGUGUAACUUCUUCCAUCUAAGCACGCAGCUUCUGCAUUUCUGACCUCAACCUCUCUGCUUCGCAGCUGGACUCAGAUUAUGAGAAGCCUCAACCAGUCCAGCAUCUCUGAGUUCCUCCUCCUGGGCCUCUCCAGGCAGCCCCAACAGCAGCAGCUCCUCUUCCUGCUCUUCCUCACCAUGUACCUGGCCACCGUCCUGGGGAACCUGCUCAUCGUCCUGGCCAUCAGCACCGACUCUCGCCUGCACACCCCCAUGUACUUCUUCCUCAGCAACCUGUCCUUCGUGGACAUCUGCUUCUCCUCCACCACUGUCCCCAACGUGCUGGCCAAUCACAUACUUGGCAGCCAGGCCAUCUCCUUCUCUGGCUGUCUCACGCAGAUGUAUUUUCUCUUUGAGCUUACUGACAUGGACAAUUUCCUCCUGGCCGUGAUGGCCUAUGACCGCUUUGUUGCCAUAUGCCAUCCUUUACGGUACACAACAAAGAUGACCCGUCAGCUCUGUGUUCUGCUGGUGGCUGGCUCUUGGGUGGUCGCCAACCUGAACGCUCUGUUGCACACCCUGCUGAUGGCUCGGCUCUCAUUCUGUGCAGACAAUGUGAUCCCCCACUUCUUCUGUGAUGUGAGCCCGCUCCUGAGACUCUCCUGCUCAGACACACACCUCAAUGAAAUGAUGAUUUUUUUUGAAGCAGGGCUGAUAGUGAUAGCCCCAUUUAUUUGCAUUCUAGUGUCAUAUGCCCUUAUAGUUUCUGCUGUCCUGAGGAUCUCAUCUAGAAGAAGGUGGACAGCCUUCUCCACUUGUGGCUCCCACCUGGCUGUAGUUUUUCUCUUCUAUGGCACCAUCAUCUCUCUGUAUUUCAACCCUGCAUCCUCUCACUCAGCAGAGAAGGACACCGCAGCUGCCAUGAUGUACACCGUGGUGACCCCCAUGCUAAACCCUUUCAUCUACAGCCUGAGGAACAAGGACAUGAAAGGGGCUCUUGGAAAAGUCAUUAUUGUAAAACUUUUAUCCACUUAAUAACGAUUUAGGCUAGAGAAAUCAUGGAAGAUGAAACUUAUCUCCCAGAAAAUCCUUUUUGUUGUUUCUUCUAUGUGAAAAUUAGCAUGUAUCUUUUGUGAAAGAAAUGUCUAGUAUCUAUCUUGGGAGAAUAAAAUCCUUCACAUAGACUCUUUAGAUUAAAGAUGGCAAGAGGCCCUUUGAUCAAAUGACCAUUCUAAUUAUCAGUAUCCUCCUGCAAAACCCACUGGAAACAACUGUUGCUGAAAAUGUUGAAGGAUAAUUACUCAUUAGUACUUAUUACUCAUUACACUGGAGGAUAAUGUGCACCUUUGGGCAACAGUGAGGCUUCUCCCUAAUAGUGUGCGUAAGGAUUUAUCAUGGGCCCUGGGCUUUGUGUGAAGAUGUUGGAGAGAUGGUGAGUCUUGUAGAUGGGAUACUUUUGAAUAUGUUACUGUAUCGCAUCUGGGAGGGAGGACAAAUGGACUGAAGCCAGAGUUGUGACUGGCAGUUGUGACUGGCAGUUGUAGUUGUGACUGGCAAAGAAGUUCAGCUAUGCACAUCAGCAAGUCUGGGCAGUAUGUGGCCAUUUUUGUGGCUAGGACAGUAUUCACAUGUUUGUGCUCCGUUGUGUCUACAGAUUGGUCUUAAUUUGUCUUGCUGUAUCACAGUCACCACGGCCUUAUUGGAUAUUGAUGUUCUGUGGAAUUCUGUGUGUCCCUCAAAAGAGCACCAAGACCGAUAGUUGUGAGAGACAGGAAAGCUCUCCCAGAUAUUGGGGUUGUUUACUUUUUCUCGCACAAAGACCUGGAUCUAAGUACAUCCAAUGGGAAGAUCAGACUGGAAGCGUUUACUUAGAACUUUAGGAAAUCCUAAUUCUUCCACUCAUUUAAACUAAUUUCUUUUAUCUUCUUGUCUAGCCUUACAUUAAAGUAGAAAUAUGGGUAAGAAACAAAUGUGUG